CAUUGUUUACAAACGUCCCACGCAAGAAAUUAGUGUGAAAAUUAAAGACAUUUGGCUGAGAAAAUCAAGUGCUCUAAGAGGGUUGACUUCGUUUAAAAAAAAAAAAUGUUGCUAACAGUGCCCUAGUUUGUAAAAAUGUUUAUCAAUUGAUAUAAGUAGUAUAGAAUCAAAUAAAAAAUGGAAAACGUGCGUUUCAACGUGGAGGAUGAAGAAAAUAGUUCAAAUCUCGAGAUGGAUGAAGAAAAUAGUUCAAAUAUUAGCUCAAAGAACCUUUACUUGGAUUACCUGCCCAAUUACCAAACUUUAGUACAGAAAGAUUAUCAUCUAUCGAAUAACAAAACAGCAAUCGUUGGAGUUGGUUCAAUGUCAAAUCGAUCUCUAUUUGUUGGUUUUGUGGGCUCAGGUAUGCUUUCUGCAACUGUGCUUGAGGAUUUAAAUUUAUUAUCAUCCCAAAAAAUUUUGGAGAUUUUUAAAAAAAUAAGUGGUCUUGAGAAAAAUGGCAAACCAAAAGCAGAUAUUUUGUUAUUUUUACAAGAAUGGAAAGGAUUUAACUUAGCAAGAUAUCUUCGUGCCAAAUACUUGGCUGACCAGUACAAAAUAUCGAUAAAAGUAAUAUUAGUAGAGAACAGUGACGAGAUAAACUCACAAUCACAUCUAAUGUCUAGUUCUGAUUUAUCCGUACACUCAUUUCAUCCAUGUUGUUUACCAUACCUAUAUAAAAUAUCUGGGGCAAUGGUAGAUGACGGUAAAACUUUGCAAGAAAUUUAUGAUACUUGUAAUGAAAUAAUAGUAAAAGAUGUAAUAUUUGGAAUGUUAAGUUCAAUUUCCCAAAAGGAAGCUAACAGGAAAAGUAUAGAAAUAGCCUUUCACAGAGGAAGUAUACACAAGUGUCUUUCUUACCAUGAAGAUUUUAUUCUAGAGGAAAUCGUAUCAGAAAUGUGUGAACAAUUUUUAGUUCCUGAUUUAUUUGAACAGAAUUUAGAAAGUAAAAAGUUAGCUCUGGUACUCAGUUGUUCAAAAGAUUUUGAUGUAUGUGAGACAAAAAUUAUCACAAAUAAAUUGGUCGAACACGUUAACAGAUUAAAGAUUUCAGUUGAAUUUGUUUUAUAUCAUCCACUUCCUGAUUGGGAAAAAUGUUGUGGAUUCAAUGUAAUUUGUUGGAAUUUAUCAGACAAUCCAUUCUUUGUGAAUUAUUUGAAAAAACCAACAUCAGCUCAUUUUUGGGUCAAUGCUUCUAGUGAAGUUAAGAAUGAAAGUUUAAAAAGUGAAUUAUACAACUUUAAAGAUCAAAUUGAAGUAGAAGUUACUUCAGUCGCAGUAGAUUUUGCAUGCGAAGCCUUGAUCGCUUGCGCUUCAAAUAUAGAUAAACUAGAUUUGAUGGAAGGAGAAACGAAUAAAUGUGGAACACGAUUAGCUACGAUUGCUAAGACACUUCAGAAAUCUAUAAAGGAAAAAUCAUUCGAGCCAGCUGAUUCGGCCGUAAUUAUAGACGAAAUAGCUCGGAUAUUCGCAGCAAGCGUGACGACGCAAGAUCAGCUAUACGCCAAGUUUUUCCGAGGCAUGAGCAACAACCUUAUGAAGUAUAAAAAUCAUUCGAAAAUCAAAAAAUGGGUGAAGUCAUUCAGCGAAGCCGUUGAGCAACUCCCAUUCAAGGAGAUACACGAGUUCGAGUUUAUUCGAGUUUUGAAAAUGGCCAGAGAAAAAUUGUUGGAACUUGACACGAACCCGGAGGCGAAUUUGAUGUUUGCAUUGGAGGGAGCGGUCGAAGCGGUUCAAUCUCGGACGGCUAACGUAGACGUCAAGAUUGGAGGAUAUUUAGGUUUGGCUGAUUCUCACGCGAUCGGCAUCUGGAUGCGAGGCGCUUUGGAAGGAUUCAAGCAGCAGUACGCGCAGUCCACCUUUCGGGUCAGCCAAAAGCGUACACACGAUCACUCGGACGAUCAGCCGACAGGGCAGGAGAAAGUAAUAAAACUAGAUUGA